CAGGUGAACUAUGACCACUUUACUCCUCGUGUUUGUGACUCUGCGGGUCAUCGCCGCCACCGUCUCCAUAGAAGUCUCAGACCCUGACAGCUCGCUGAGCGUCAGCAUCCCCGAACCGUCCCCUCUGCGGGUCCUCCUGGGGACCUCCCUCACCAUCCCCUGCUACUUCAUCGACCCCAUGCACCCCGUGACCACCGCCCCCGCCACCGCGCCCCUCACCCCGAGAAUCAAAUGGAGCCGCAUCUCCAAGGAGAAGGAGGUGGUCCUGCUGGUGGCCACGGACGGGCAGGUGCGGGUCAGCGGCGCCUACCAGGACAAGGUCUCGCUGCCCAACUACCCGGCCAUUCCCAGCGACGCCACCUUGGAAAUUCAGAACCUGCGCUCCAACGAUUCCGGGAUCUACCGCUGUGAGGUCAUGCAUGGCAUCGAGGACAGCGAGGCCACCGUGGAGGUCGUGGUGAAAGGCAUCGUGUUCCAUUACAGAGCCAUCUCCACGCGCUACACCCUGGACUUCGACAGGGCGCAGCGGGCCUGCCUGCAGAACAGCGCCAUCAUCGCCACGCCCGAGCAGCUGCAGGCCGCCUACGAGGACGGCUUCCACCAGUGCGACGCUGGCUGGCUGGCCGACCAGACUGUCAGGUACCCCAUCCACGUUCCCCGGGAAGGCUGCUACGGGGACAAGGACGAGUUUCCCGGCGUGAGAACCUAUGGCAUCCGCGACACCAACGAGACCUAUGACGUGUACUGCUUCGCGGAGGAGAUGGAGGGCGAGGUCUUCUAUUCGACGUCUCCAGAGAAGUUCACCUUCCAGGAGGCUGCCAACGAGUGCCGACGGCUGGGCGCCCGGCUGGCCACCACGGGCCAGCUGUACCUGGCCUGGCAGGGCGGCAUGGACAUGUGCAGCGCUGGCUGGCUGGCCGACCGCAGCGUGCGCUACCCCAUCUCCAAGGCCCGGCCCAACUGCGGCGGCAACCUCCUGGGCGUGAGGACCGUGUACCUGCACGCCAACCAGACGGGCUACCCCGACCCCUCAUCCCGCUACGACGCCAUCUGCUACACAGGUGAAGACUUUAUCGAUAUCCCAGAAAACUUCUUCGGGGUGGGUGGCGAAGAGGACAUCACCGUGCAGACGGUGACCUGGCCCGACGUGGAGCUGCCCUUGCCCCGGAACAUGACGGAGGGCGAAGCCCGGGGCAACGUGAUCCUCACGGUGAGGCCCAUCUUCGGCGGCUCCCCCACGGCCCCAGAGCCCGAGGAACCCCUCACCUUGGCCCCCGACAUAGAGGCCACCGCCUUCCCUGAGGCUGAGAACGGCACUGGAGAGGCCACCAGGCCCUGGGCCUUUCCCGGGGCGUCCACGCCUGGCCUGGGCCCCUUCACCGGCGAGGACCUGGUGGUGCAGGUGACCGCAGCCCCGGGUGAAACCCAGGUCCCCGGGCAGCCACGAUUGCCAGGGGGGGUCGUGUUCCACUACCGCCCCGGCUCUGCCCGCUACUCACUGACCUUCGAGGAGGCACAGCAGGCCUGCCUGCGCACCGGGGCGGUCAUCGCCUCGCCCGAGCAGCUCCAGGCCGCCUACGAAGCAGGCUACGAGCAGUGUGACGCCGGCUGGCUGCAGGACCAGACCGUGAGAUACCCCAUUGUGAGCCCGAGGACCCCGUGUGUGGGCGACAAGGACAGCAGCCCGGGGGUCCGGACCUACGGUGUGCGCCCACCAUCAGAAACCUAUGAUGUCUACUGCUACGUGGACAAGCUCGAAGGGGAGGUGUUCUUCGUCACGCGCCCGGAGCAGUUCACCUUCCAGGAAGCCCUGGAGUUCUGUGAAUCCCACAAUGCCACGCUCGCCUCCACCGGCCAGCUCUACGCCGCCUGGAGCCUCGGCCUGGACAAGUGCUAUGCCGGCUGGCUGGCCGACAGCAGCCUCCGCUACCCCAUCGUCACCCCUCGGCCGGCCUGUGGCGGGGACAAGCCAGGCGUGAGGACCGUCUACCUCUACCCCAACCAGACAGGCCUCCUGGACCCACUGUCCCGGCACCACGCCUUCUGCUUCCGCGGUGUCUCGGCUGCGCCCUCUCCCGGAGAAGAUCGGGGUGGCACGCCCACACCCCCCUCAGACGUGGAGGACUGGAUCACCCCCCAAGUGGGACCCGGCGUGGCUGCUGUCCCCUCGGGGGAGGAGACCACUGCAGUCCCAGACUUCACCAUGGAGCCGGAAAACCACACGGAAUGGGAACGGGCCUACACCCCCGCGGGCACCUUGCCGCUGCCAGGGGUCCCUCCUACAUGGCCUCCCACUAGCACAGCCACAGAGGAGAGCACAGGAGGCCCUUCUGCCACAGAAGUGCCCUUGGCCUCGGAGGAGCCAGCCCCCUCAGAAGAGCCAUCCCCCUCGGAGACACCAUCCCCCUCAGAGAUGCCAGCCCCCUCCCAGGAGCCGCUGUUCACACCUUCACCCCCAGUGCCCAGUGGGACGGAGCUGCCGGGCUCCGGGGAGGCAUCGGGGGCACCGGAAGUCAGUGGUGACUUCUCAGCCAGUGGAGAAGCUUCAGGACACCCUGACGCCAGUGGGCAGCCCUCGGAAGACCUUGACUCCAGUGGUGUCACCUCGGCGGCGGGCUCAGGCCUGCCUGUGGGAAGUGGACUGGCCUCGGGGGAGGAAGAUAGAGUUACGUGGUCCAACGCUUCUCACGUUGGGGGGCUGCCUUCUGGGGGGGAGGGUCUAGAAGGCUCUGCCUCCGGGGUAGAGGACCUGGGUGGACUUCCUUCUGGAGGUGAGACUCAUCCAGAAGGUUCUGCUUCUGGAGUAGAGGACCUGGGUGGACUUCCUAGUGGAGGUGAGAGUCAUCUAGAGACGUCUACCUCUGGAGUAGACCUCGGUGGACUUCCUUCUGGAGGUGAGACUCAUCCAGAAAGUUCUACCUCUGGAAUAGACCUGGGUGGACUUCCUUCUGGAGGUGAGACUCAUCCAGAAAGUUCUACCUCUGGAAUAGAGGACCUGGGUGGACUUCCUAGUGGAGGUGAGAGUCAUCUAGAGAUGUCUACCUCUGGAGUAGACCUCGGUGGACUUCCUUCUGGAGGUGAGACUCAUCCAGAAGGUUCUGCCUCUGGAAUAGAGGACCUGGGUGGACUUCCUUCUGGAGGUGAGACUCAUCCAGAAAGUUCUACCUCUGGAGUAGACCUCGGUGGACUUCCUUCUGGAGGUGAGACUCAUCCAGAAGGUUCUGCCUCUGGAAUAGAGGACCUGGGUGGACUUCCUUCUGGAGGAGAGAUUCAUCCAGAAAGUUCUACCUCUGGAGUAGACCUGAGUGGACUUCCUUCUGGAGGAGAGAUUCAUCCAGAAAGUUCUGCCUCUGGAGUAGAGGACCUGGGUGGACUUCCUUCUGGAGGAGAGAUUCAUCCAGAAAGUUCUGCCUCCGGAGUAGAGGACCUCGGUGGACUUCCUUCUGGAGGAGAGGGUCUUCCAGAAACUUCUGCCUCCGGAGUAGAGGACCUUGGUGGACUUCCUUCUGGAGGAGAGGGUCUAGAGACCUCUGGUUCUGGACCCGAGGACCUCAGCGGGUUGCCUUCUGGAAAAGAAGACUCGAUCGGGUCAGCUUCUGGAGACUCGGGCCUGGGCGGGAUACCUUCUGGAGCUCUCGGAAGCGGGCAGGCUCCGGAAGCCAGUGGCCUUCCCUCUGGGUUCAGCGGUGAGUAUUCUGGCACGGACCUCGGAAGCGGCCCAUCCUCCGGCGCGCCGGACUUCAGUGGGCUUCCCUCGGGGCUCCCGACGGUCUCCCUGGUGGAUACCACGCUGGUGGAAGUGGUCACAGCCGCCACGGCGAGUGAGCUGGAGGGGCGAGGCACCGUCGGCGUGAGCGGUGCUGGCGAGGUAUCCGGGCUGCCCUUCGGCGAACCGGACGUGAGCGGGGGCGCGAGCGGGUUCCCUUCGGGGGCUGAACUCAGUGGCCAGCCAUCUGGAUCCCCCGACAUCAGCGGGGAAACAUCUGGAUUCUUUGGUGUCAGUGGGCAGCCCUCGGGAUUCCCUGACCUCGGCGGGGGGACAUCCGGGCUCUUCGAGCUCAGUGGGCAGCCGUCGGGGUUUCCGGAGGAGACGUCUGGAAUGGCCGAGCUUAGUGGGCAGUCCUCGGGACAGCCAGGUGUCAGCGGAGAAGCUUCUGGAGAUCUUCUUGGCAGCGGCCGCCCGUUUGGCAUGACCGACCCGAGUGGAGAAACGUCUGGGGUCCCUGACCUCAGUGGGCAGCCCUCGGGGUGGCCCGGGUUCAGCGGGGCCCCCUCGGGGAUCCCCGACCUGGUUUCUGGCGCCACGAGCGGCAGCGGGGACGCUUCCGGCGUUACGUUCGUGGACAGCACCUUUGUGGAGGUGACCCCAACUCCGUUUAGGGAAGAAGAAGAAGGCUUGGGGUCCGUGGAACUCAGCGGCCUCCCUUCUGGGGAGACGGAUCUCUCGGGCACCUCCGGGACGGUGGACGUCAGCGGACAGUCGUCCGGGGCCAUCGCCUCCAGCGGGUUUCCGUCGCAGCCUCCAGAAUUCAGCGGCCUGCCCAGCGGAGCCGCCGAGGUCAGUGGGGAGGCCUCCGGCGCCGAGGCGGGGAGCAGCCUGCCCUCCGGAGCCUACGACGGCAGCGGACUUCCACGGGGCUUCCCCACCGUCUCGCUCGUCGACAGGACUUUGGUGGAAUCUGUAACCCAGCCUCCGACGGCCCAAGAAGCAGGGGAGGGGCCUUCGGGCAUUCUGGAACUCAGCGGCGCCCAUUCCGGAGCGCCGGACGGGUCUGGAGACCAUUCUGGACUGUCGGACCUCAGCGGGCUGCAGUCCGGGCUGGGGGAGCCCAGCGGCGAGCCUUCGAGUACCCCGUAUUUCAGCGGGGACUUUUACGGCUCCACGGAUGCCAGUGGGGCGUCUUCUGCAGCCCCGGGCACCAGCGGGGAGGCCUCCGGACUGCCCGACGUCACUCUGAUCACUUCCGAAUUCGUGGAGGGUGUCACGGAACCAACUGUUUCCCAGGAACUCGGCCAGAGACCCCCUUUGACGCACACCCCCCAGGUUUUUGAGUCCAGCGGAGAAGCCUCUACAUCGGGGGACCUCAGUGGAGCCACGCCAAGCUUCCCCGGGUCUGGGGUCGAGGCGUCAUCGGUCCCAGAAUCCAGCAGCGAAACGUCUGCCUCUCCUGAGGCUGGGGUGGGGGCGUCUGCUGCUCCUGAGGCCAGCGGGGUGGCCUCGGGGACCCCUGACCUGGGUGAAACCACCUCUGCCUUCCACGAAGCUGACCUGGAGGGAGCCUCGGGCCUGGGAGUGAGCGGCCGCCCCUCUACCUUCCAGGAAGGGCCCACGGAGGGCUCCACCCCGUCGGGAAUGAGUGGAGAGUCGGCCACCACCUACGGUGUGGCCACGGAGACCUCGGGCUGGCCUUCGGCCACUCCCGGGGCUUCUGGAGACGGGCCGGAGAUCAGCGGGGACCCGUCUGGUCACGCCUCGGGGCUGGGUGUUGUCGUGGGCACCAGCGUCCCGGAGUUUGAAUGGACCCAGCAGCCCCAGCGCCCUGCAGAGGCGAAUCUGGAAGUGGAGUCCUCAAGCCCCGUGCACUCGGGAGAAGAGGCCCAAACGGCCGAAACAGCCGUCUUCCCAACGGACGCUUCUUCCAUCCCAGCUCCGGCAGAAGGGACCGAAGGAUCGGAGGCCACCACUACAGACCAGGCGCUGUGCGAGGAGGGCUGGACCAAGUUCCAGGGCCACUGCUACCGCCACUUCCCGGAGCGCGAGAGCUGGGUGGACGCCGAGAGCCGCUGCCGGAAGCACCAGUCCCACCUCAGCAGCAUCCUCACCCCCGAGGAGCAGGAGUUCGUCAACAACAAUGCUCAAAACUACCAGUGGAUCGGCCUGAACGACAGGAGCAUCGAAGGGGACUUCCGCUGGUCAGAUGGACACUCCCUGCAAUUUGAGAACUGGCGCCCCAACCAGCCCGACAACUUCUUUGCCUCCGGAGAGGACUGCGUGGUGAUGAUCUGGCACGAGAAGGGCGAGUGGAACGACGUGCCCUGCAAUUACCACCUGCCCUUCACGUGUAAGAAGGGCACAGUGGCCUGCGGAGAGCCCCCCGUGGUGGAGCACGCCAGGACGUUCGGCCAGAAGAAGGACCGCUACGAGAUCAACGCGCUGGUGCGGUACCAGUGCGCCGAGGGCUUCGUCCAGCGCCACCUGCCCACCAUCCGGUGCCUGCCCAGCGGGCAUUGGGAAGAGCCUCGCAUCACUUGCACAGACCAGUCCUCAUGA